AUGCAGCUGUACUCGGAGGCGUCCGCGUUUCAAGGCGCCGCGGUGGUGGCGAUGAUCGAGCGGCACGACGAGGAUAUCGGCGAAGAGCAGAAGAUUCUCGAAAUCACGAUGGAGGAUGGGGUUACCAUGUCGCUCGCGCUCGACUCAGGCGAACGGCGGCUGAACGAGCUUGGUUACCGGCAGGAGCUGAAGCGUUCUUUGGUAGCGUCCCCUGAUAAGUGGCGCACGUAG